GGUGUCGUCUGCUUAUUGAUGGCUGUUUAUGUUCCUGCUACAAGUUGGGAAAAAGCUCGUGAAAUUUGUUGCAUAGUAAAAUCUAAGGAUAACGAUGGCUACACAAGUUACUUGAUCGAAAUUAAUAUAUCACCUUACACAUGGCAUGUUUCAAGAAGGUACAAAUUGUUUGUGGAAAUGCAUGAAAAACUUGUUUCCAAAUUUUCUCUCGAAAAAAGCCUGAUUCCUCCCAAAAAGGUGUUUGGAAAUCGCUCAGAAUCAUUCAUAGUGGAACGCCAGAAGGCUCUGGAGUUGUACCUGCAGACUCUUGUCCAUCGAUUUGAGCUCUUGCCAGAGCCCCUAGAAGUGUUUUUGGAUUUUCCUAAAUAUGAAGUUCGUGCAAUAACUGCAGCUCUAUCAGAGACACUCUUCAAUAGAGGUGAUGAACUAAUGACAAAAGAAACUCCGUAUUCUUUCUCCUUGGUUGAGUUGCAUGCUAUCAUGGAGAGGCUGAAAUUGACGGAACCUACCUGCCAUGGAAACAACCCGAAGCAAGACAUUGCUCAUCUAGUUGAAUUCGUCACUCGUCUGAAGCACCUCAAGAUUUCGGGGAGCUGGGAAAAAUUUGAGGACAGCAAUAUCAUUCCUAAUAACCUCUCUUACGACCUCUCUUUCUUCAAGUUUCUGGAAACACUUGAAAUGAUGAACUGCAACUUGCAGGGCCUGACUUCCACAGAUACCUUGAGAAAGCACUUGAAGAGCCUAAUUGUGCACAAAUCCUUGCAACAUCUUUCCCCACUCUUGUUGUGUGGGGUUGUACAUUGGUCUCCUGAGUUGGAUCAGCCCCAAAGUUGGCCCGUCUGGGAAUGUGUUACUCAUGCCAACUUCAGUUGCAAUUUCCUGACAGGAAUUGAUCCUUCUGUAAAACUACUGUCAGCUGUAGAGCACCUAGAUCUGAGCUACAAUGAGAUUACUGUAAUCGAGAACCUGGAGACACUAUCGAGGCUGACAACUUUGAAUCUCUCCCACAAUCACAUCUCCGACCUGAGCUCCUUGCACACACGCCUGGGAAACAUUCACACACUUGAUUUCUCUGCCAACAAGAUAAAACAGCUGCAAGGUUUGUCAAAGCUGUUUUCCAUCACUCACCUGCGGCUCCAAAACAACUUGAUAUCCUCAUUCUCCGAAGUAUCCCAUCUAAAUGGGCUCCCCUGCCUGGAGGUACUGAAUCUACAGCACAACCCCCUCACCUUCAAUGUCGAUUACAGACCACAAAUGCUCCUUCUCUUUGGGUCAAGAGCGGCUGAGAUUGAGCUGGACCACUUAAAGCCUUCUGAGAAAGAGAUGGACACAGUCUCCAUUCUUCAGGCCCUGAAACAGGCCAGGGGGGAGCACUGGAACUCUGGCGAGGAAAUGACUUACAGAUCUGACUCAGGUAUGCCAUCAGGCGACUAUAUUCGCUCAGAGAGUGAAAGAGAUCCUUCAGGAAAGUGCAGUAAAACCCUGGCCCCCAACCUCCAUGAAGCAUCAAAGUUUCGUCAGCAGAUAGAAGCUCUGAGAAAAGUCGGAGGCAGCGAUUGGUUACGUUUGCUUAAUGAAAUGAACUCGGGAAAGGUUGAGUUGGUCGAUUCUGUCCUCAGUAUUGAAAGAGAUAAUCAAUCAGGAUCUUCGGAUGUCCAACUUCAUUCCAGGUUAAUAUCAGAUAACCCUUCGACUGAGAAUAGGGCUGAGUUGUGGAUGAUAAGCGCCGAGUUAUCUUUCCCCGAGUGGCUUCUCGCCCUCGAUUCUAGUCACAUCGUUCUGAAACAACAACUCAUGUCAGCAUUGAAUGAGAAAAGAUCUGACUCUUGUUGCGACGACAGGACUAUAUCUGAAGCAGAUCUUGUGUGGGCUGUUCAGCUCGUUGCCCGUGAAAGUUAUGUUAGAGAAAUCCCUGUGUGCAUUCUGCUUCUUAAGUCAGAAAUAGUCUUACUGAAAAUAAGGAGUUUCACAGAAAACGCACUUUUUGGAAGUCCCACUAAAAUUCCAGAACUUACUUAUCAGAGUGCCAUUUCGGCCCUCGACAUUGCAUCUGUAGGUGUUGGCCCUUGCAAUGCUUACGUAGAGCUGAAACUUAAAAUGUCAUGCAGCUCUGAAAGCUUGAUAUUUCUCCUGACCAAUUCAGAGACCACCCAAGAGCUACUGUCCUACUUUCGACGACUCUACAACAUUGUAUCUUCUCAAAAGAGAAAUCCUUUCCUAAGCAAGAGUUUGAUGUUUCAAAAUAUCCAUUCCAGUUCUGCUGUGUUAAAUGCAUCUGUUCGUAGCCAGAUCAUAUUUGGACAGCGUGUACUGGUGUCUAAGGCUCUGCACAAGUGUCAUUAUGGCAUUCUUCAUUAUGUCUUUGUCACACCUUCACAUGUGGUGCUCAUUGAAGAACGACUACACAUACCACAAAUUAUCGGACUGGAUACGACGGUCCAACCUCAGUUCCACGUCUGUGCACUUGUUAAUGUCCACACAAACAUCAACCAAAUUCAUUUGAAGGAUGUUGACAAUGUCAUGAACUCUUGCUCUCAGACUCCAUUGAAUGGAAUGAGUGCUGAGAUUCCAACUGAGCAGACGGGGCUGAAUCAAACAUCCUCAGCGCGGAAAGCGAGUGUCGAUGCUCUUUUGGAAAAUAAGCAUUGGGAAAUCCUCUACCGAUCAGGCUCAUGGCUGGUUGUGGAAUUUGAAUCCGGUGUGCUUUUGCAUUUGAAUUUUUCUAAUUUAAAGCAAAGGAAUGAAUUUAUGGAUGCAUUUCUUUGCGCUCGAAGUCAAAAAUGUUGAAAUGUUUUUUAUUGUUUCUAACAUUGUGUUGUCUUGCGUUACGUUUUGCAUUUUGUUUUUCAAAAUGGAAAUUGUAUGAGCUUAUUGGCCAUAAAAUAUCAAAUAUUUAGAUCUAUUAAGCAGUUAUAAAAAUGUAAAUAUUUUAUAUCGAUUCCUUUCAUGUGUUAUGAAAUGAAUCUUCCAUGUUUGUAAAUUUAUUUGAAAAUAAAAGCAUU